AUGAUUACAUGCCCAGAGUGCAAAACUGAGUAUGAAAAAGAAGCAAAAUAUUGCUUCAAAUGUAGAAUAGCCUUUACAGAUGAUUUACCAGAGAAUAUUUCUAAAUAUCUUAGAAGAACUCCAUCAACAUCAAAUAUAACAAGUACACCAAUAGUUAGAAAUGAUAAACCACCUUUAACUCGAAAUCCAUCAGCAACAGGUUCAACAAUAACACAACAUCAUUAUAAACCACCAUUACAAGGUGGAAACACAUCAUCUGUAUCAUCAUCAACAAAUGUAUUUUCAAUAAAUAAUAAUAAUAAUAGUAACAACAUUAAUAAUAAUAAUAUAUCAAAUAGCUCUAGUUUAAGUAGUGGAAGUUUAAAUAAUGGUAAUAUUAGUUUAAUAAAUAGUGUUGGUAGUAUAGGUAGUAGUAAUACAACAAGUAGUAUAGGUAGUAGUAGUAGCGGUGGUGUUAAUAGUAAUAUGAUAAAUAGUGGUGGUGGCACAAGACCUAGGUUACAAUCAUCACCCGUUCAUCCAACAAAUCCAUUACCACCAUUACCACCAAAUAAUAGUAGGAUGUCUGUACCAGUUUCAACAUCCCCAACCAUUAGAACACCACCACCACCACCAACCACAGCAACUAGUACAGGUACUUCACCAAUAAAUUCUUUAAAUAAUAAUAAUAGUAACAAUAAUAAUAAUAAUAAUAUAAUAAAUAAUGGUAAUAAUAAACCACCAAUUAAUUCAAACAAUAGAACAAUUUCACCAAUAAAUACACCAACCACAUCAAAUACUGUAACUUCACUUAGUAAUAGUAAUGAUUUUUCAAAUAAUUCAAAUAUAUCUUCACCCCAAUUUACAAACGAUAUCAAUAAUACAGCACCAUUUUCAAAGAGACCACUUUCUCGUAGAAUUCCACCACCACCACCAACUAAAAAGUUGGCUCGUGCAAAAUGGGAUUGCGUACCAGAGCAAGAAGGUGACUUAGCAUUUGUUGCUGGUGAUAUCAUUACAAUCAUUAGUAAAGAUGAUGAUGGUUCAGGUUGGUGGUUAGGAAGUGUUAAUAAUGUUGCUGGUAUGUUUCCGGGUAAUUAUUGUGAGGAAAUUUAA